UUAAUGUUCGAAAAUGGUUGCCGUUUCCGUUUCGAUAAUUCAUCUGUCUUUCCGAAAAACGACGAUUGCAAGUCGACACCAUGAGUUCUCUUAAACUUCAAAAGAGGCUUGCAGCCUCUGUUAUGCGUUGCGGUAAAAAGAAAGUAUGGUUGGAUCCGAAUGAAAUUAAUGAAAUUGCCAACACAAACUCACGACAAAACAUUCGUAAAUUGAUCAAAGAUGGUUUGAUAAUUAAGAAGCCUGUGGUGGUGCACUCCCGUUAUCGUGUGCGUAAAAACACCGAGGCACGACGCAAAGGUAGACACUGCGGUUUUGGUAAACGUAAAGGUACCGCGAAUGCCCGUAUGCCUACAAAAUUUUUAUGGAUGCAACGCCAGCGUGUUCUUAGACGUUUAUUAAAGAAAUAUCGUGAUAGCAAAAAGAUCGAUCGCCAUUUGUAUCAUGAUUUAUACAUGAAGUGCAAGGGUAAUGUAUUUAAAAACAAACGUGUGCUUAUGGAAUACAUCCACAAAAAGAAAGCUGAAAAGCAACGCAGUAAAAUGUUGGCCGACCAGGCUGAGGCUAGAAGACAAAAAGUGCGUGAAGCGCGUAAACGGCGUGAGGAGCGCAUCGCCAAUAAAAAGCAAGAACUUUUAAGUCUGCACGCAAAGGAAGAUGAGGUGGCCGCUCAAGCAGCUACAACUGGCAAAAAGUGAAUCAAGUAGCGAAGUUCUUGUUAUGAUAAAAGAAAUUGUUUUGAUAAUAAAAAAGAGGAAAACAACAAAA